AUGGCUCAGAGACGUCAACCUGAAAGGCGAGUUACAUUUGUCGACAGCCCUCAGCAGACUCCCCUCAGAAAGGGUAAGGGUAACCCAACUGGACUGACCAUUACCAUGGAUCUAGUCAAGAGAGGAAAUGACCGGCCGAUGGAGGGACAUAACAACACGGGCCGGCGGCGUCACCAGCACCCAGCUGAAAGGGAGCAGUUUCCUCACCAGGCCUACAGACAGAAGGCCCAAACCUCCAAGCUGGAGGAACAUCUGGCGAACCAGAACAGCCAGCGAAAACAGGGCCGAAGGUAUGUCAACCAGCAGGACCAGGCCUCCUCCCAGACACAGGCUCCAGGCAAACCAUGGGCCAAAGCUGGUAAAGGUCAGGACAAGGUCAGAGAGCGGCCCGUCCAGAGAGUCGAGCAGCCCGCCGCUGAGACCCAGACUGUAGCCAUGACACAGGACCACGUCAUGCCCUCCCAGAACGAGGUCCAAGAGCAGCUCAGCCAGAGAGACGACGAAAUCGCAAGGCUCAGACUUGAAAAUGACCGUCUCUCUGCGAUGCUGGAAGCUACAAACCUCCAGGGAGAAAAUGAACAGAAAGAAAUGGAGCCACUGCAGAUGGAGAUCCAGGCGAUGGAGGAAAAACACAAAAAACUCCAGGAAGACUACGCCAACCUGCAGGAGGCCAAGAAUAUAGCAGAAGAAAAGGCAAACAAGCUGGAGGAGAGGAUUUAUUUGAUGCUGAACAACAAAAAGGAUCAAGUCCUCUAUAUGGACGGCUACAUUAGAAAGCUCCUCGCAGAAAAGAGCUGCUUCAUCGACCAGACUCACCAGAGCAAUAUCCGCAUCAGGAGUCUGGAAGAUGAGCUGCUGCAAAACAGCUGGUUGGCAUCAGAGAUGACCGCCAACAUCGAGUCCUUGAAGGAGCUGCUCUCUGUGAAAGAGAACGAACUCCGGAGAAUCAGUGACGUCAACCAGGACCUCUGUGAAAAGCUCUCGACCACUGAGGAGAAGCUGGUGGAACUCCAGCUCCUGACUGCUGAGGAGAAGCUGGUGGAACUCCAGACGAGAGAAACCGCCUGGAAAACUGAGCACGACACCAUCGAGCAGCUCAGGAAAGAUCUCGCCCUGAGAGAGCAGGAGAAGGAGGAAAUGCUGCAAAAGCAAAAACAGACUGAGGACAGCAACAUACUCCUGCAGGAAAGAAUCAGAGAGUAUGAAGAAAAGAAUCAGGAGCUGCAGGAGCUGUGCCUCAGAAAGAAAAAUGAGUUCAAGAGCAAAAGCCAAGCAAGUGACACACCUGACGACGAAAGUGUUCAGGUGCAGGCACUCAGCUCUCGACUGAGUCAGUUAGGAAGAAAAAGUAGCCCCACAUUCAAUCUGGAAGAUUCACAUUUUAACAACGAUCACAGUCGUGACUCUAUAAACAUGGUGGCCAGUGGUCUGGACAUUUAA